AUGAGCUCUCACAGCAGCAGCCAGCGUCCUCGGUACCGGUCGCUUGAUGGCGACUACAGUGAUGAUGAUGAGUUCAUGGUCGGUCCACCCAUGACUGGAAUAACGGUGCCGCCUCAUCUCAAGAUCAUCCACAUCCCUCCGAACAACGAUGACGCUCACACUCCAAAGGGUUUGCCGAAGCCGGGGUGCGGAACUUCGAUGGCAAUCGCCGCGACUCAGCUCGCCACCUGGAUCUCCACGCCGGUGUUCGUUGUCUAG